AUGUACAAUUACUCCUGCGAGCCGGAUGCCGUUCAGCGCUGCCGGGGGAUGCUGCCCAACUCCGAGCACACGGCAGCUGCACCCACUUCAACCCUUUGCAAGGCCUGGGAAUGGAUUUUGCAAGGCAAAACGGUGAAAGGGAGCAGGUUAGUGCACCAAGCCGACUGGCUGUUAGCGCAGAUCUUGGGCAUUCCAUCGCCAGGUGCAGAUGUGGGCCGUAGACGGGCAAAGUUCUUGAACCUCCUAUGCUGGCUGCAGCCAAUUGCUUCAGCUUCUACGCGCUUCAUGGGCUGCGCGUUGAGCUCGGCGGCGGAUCAUGCCGUGGCGCGUGCCACGCAACGUGUGGAGAAGGAUCAGGUCAUUGAGAAGGCGGUCCAUCGAGCCAUGCAGGCUGCAGUGCUGGAGCUCAACCAGGUGGAGGUCAGUCUGCAAAUAGCGCCCAAAGGCGCUGGGACCGACGUCUCGCCAGGUUCCUUCACUUCGGGAGCAGCUUCCCACCACUCGGGAGCAGCUUCCCCGUGCUCUCCUUGCUCCCCGGGGAGCACCGCCGCACGCUUCGCGGAGCAGGGCUUGCGUCGGGGCCGCGCGGCCGACUGGUGCGCCAGCCGCCUCAAUGUGGCCGCGGCCGUUCUCAUCACCGAGGAAGGCUGGUCGCGGUUCUUCUACUAUCCGUUUGCCAGCAUAGAUGAUGCCACCGAAGUCUUUCAUUCUUGGCCUCAUACAGCACGCAUUUUGUACCAUUUUGAUGCCUCUUCUGGCAUGCUGACCCGAGAGUUGCUAUGUCACGGGGGAGCUUCGCUGGGGUUGUCGAUCCCAAACAUUCGCAGCCGGGCUGAAGCGCUACUGGUGGACUGAGAUGUGACCAUCACAUCAGUGCAGAGGGUUUAUCACAUGGAUUUAAUCAUGGGUGCGUUG